CAUUUUCUUCCCUCCUCCCUCCCACCCUCCUCCCCCCCCCAGCAUGUCCCAGGCUGGUAGCAGCCCCUGUGCAGAGGACGGGGGGCCACGUGCCGAGGCACACACGCGCACCCCAAGCCGGGGCAGCCAGAAGCUUGAGUGCAUCAUCUGCUACUCCUCAUAUGACCUGUGUGGCCGGCUGCCUCGCCGGCUCUACUGCGGCCAUACCUUCUGCCAGACCUGCCUCAAGCGCCUGGACGCCGUCGCCAACGAGCAGCGCUGGAUCCCCUGCCCACAGUGCCGCCAAAAUACGCCCACACCGCGCGGCGGUGUCACCAUGCUCGACCUCGACCUGGCCACUUUUCUCCUCGUCAAGGCUGACAAGGAGCAUCCCUGGGUGGCCGCACGCUCCCUGCAGGAUGUGGCCACCAAGGACUUGUGCAAGGAGCCGCCGGUCACGCAGCAGCCGCUGGGGCUGUGCCAGGACGCAGUGCCCCGGGCACCGUUCCCGAACCGUGGCUGCUGCCAGCCGUGCAUCUGCUGUGGGGUGACGGCAGCUUUUGAGAUCUGAAUGUGGGGACAUGAGGACAGCAGGGUUUGGUGGACUGAAGCAUUCUGUGCCUCCAAGCUGAGCUCUUGGGGUGCUGCCUGGGUCACUUUUUGGGAAUCUCCACACCACACCCCAGAGUCAUUGUGGAUAGCAGUGGUGGGGUUGUUCUGGUAGUCUAGGAAGGGCUCCAGCUUGUCCAUGGGCUUUUUCCCAUUCUGCUGGGAUUUGGGCUGCAGCAGGGGGCAUGAGAAUGCUCCCAUCCUUCGCCCUGCCGACUUACCCCUCCGGCAGCUCCAAACCUGCUCCAGCCAUCACAGAUGCUCCCAGGACCUAACAGCACAGCUUCUCCAUGAAUGCAGCUCUGCAGUGGGGACACCUUCACCAGGACAGGUGGCAUGGGAGCCUGGCACAGCACACUGACUCAGGGAUGCUUCAGGGAGUGUGCCACAGCCUGGAGGUCCCACAUCCAUUAAACAUCUCCUAAGCUGCA